AGCCUCCUAAUGUCAUAUUAAUGUCACAUUAAAAAUGGAAAACUUUUUAUUCUCUCUAUAAUAAAAAAAUCUCCCUAUAACUUUGUUGUAGAUCCUGUGCUAUAAAUUAUAUAAUUCUUUAUAUUAUAAAUCAUAAUAUAACAUAACUUUAUCAAGAGAAAGUUUAAGAGAAAAAAAAAGAUUUAGUUUUCAAUAUUGCUCUUUAACUGUAAACCUUAUCUUUAUAAUGAUUUAAGUUCUUUUAUCGAGACUUUUUAAUUUUACAAACCCUUUUAAAGUUUGCAUUGAAGAUAUUCUAAGAUAUGAGAUUAUAUCGUAUCUCCAUGUUUAAGAAUGAUGUUAAAUUUGUUCUUGCAUGAUUUGUUAGGAUGGAUAUCUCCAUUUAAGAAUGAUGUUAAAUUUGUUCUUGCAUGAUUUGUUAGGAUGGAUAUCUCCAUUUAAGAAUGAUGUUAAAUUUGUUCUUGGAUAAUUUGUUAGCUAACUUGGUGGAUAAGGGAUAAGUUGAUCUUUUGCUAGACUUUGAAUGAUUGCCCAUAUAUUGCACGAGUUUUCUUGUUCUUUUCAAAUAAACAUCUAAUUUUGGCAAAUUUAGAUAGGAUUUUUUAAAGCAUCUGUGCAGGUGUGCAUAUAGUGAGUAUUUAUUGCAUUUCUCAUUUGUAGAAAGAGUAUUUAUCAUCUUCUCUCUUUAGUUUCAUCAAGUAAUAUAAUGUUAUAUAUAUAUUUGUAAAAUUUUACCUUUUCCAUUUAGAUAAUAUUAUUUUAUUUUCUUGUUUACUUGUUUUCUUCUCCUUCGGUUUUCCCUUCCUUCUCCCUGCCGUUCCCCCUUCCCUCUUUUGGACGGAUUCCGUUGAAUAAACUAAACGCCGUUACGGCCUCUCCCACGUUUACUGCUACCACUAUACGCACCCUUUCGUCUUCCGCAUCCUUCUUUAUAUAGUAAGCUUUCUCUUCCUGCUCCCUCACUCGCUCCUCUCCUCUUCCUCUUCUCUUCCUCCUCGUCGUCGUUCCGAUGGAGCCGCCUCAGCCCAGACGACGACUCUCGGAUGAUCCUCCGCCGCAACGGCAAGCAUUCUCCACGUUUCCGGCCGCAAACACGCCGCCUGCUCCGAUUUCAUCGGACAUGUGUCUCCCUCCGAACCUCUCCCCCUCGAACGGUUCCUUCUACAAGACCCGCCUCUGCCACAAGUUCAUCGCCACGGGGACCUGCCCAUACGGAGAUUCUUGCACCUUCGCGCACGGCUCCAGCGACCUCCGCCAGCCGCCGCCCCACUGGGAGGAUAUCUCGCGGCCACACCGGGCCGGAAGGACCUACCGGGAUUCCUCCUAUGGUGAUGGAGGAAAUGCGAGUGGGUUGCAUCGCUCGAAGGGCGCCGGUGGAUUUGGUCCCUUCGGCAGGAACCAGAGCGUGCCGAGGAGAUCGGAUUCGAGGUCCAGAAGCGAUUGGGAAAUCGCCGGACGCUACUCCAAUAGGCAUGGUUUCGCAGAGUCGAAGUUUGAGGUGGAUAUGAACUCUGGAGGGCUCCCAACAUCUACGAAUGAUGAUCUAGAUCCUGCUCUUGCAGGGACAGAAACAGUUUCUAGUUCACAAAAUUCGAGAAAGUGGUUCCCAAAACUGGAGGGGAUCAAGAAGCUGAAUGGCAUUUAUGCAGAUUGGAUCGACUAGACAAACAAUUUUAGCCUUUUUUUGUUGAGGCAUGUAGUAUAGAAUAAUUGCUGAGACAGUUGAUGAAUCAUAGUUAACUGGUGGGGUUUUUUUUUUUCUUUUGCAACUAGUGAUGUGGUGAUACUAUAAACUGAAGGAUGCUUUGAACAUUAUAUGAAACUUA